AAUAGGUUGAGCGUCCCAUAAAAUUCCAGUUUUUUUCUUAAAUAUUUUUCUAAGAAUUGCCAAGGAAGUCUGCCCUUUAUUUUUGGCGGGGGCCCACCUUGAUGUUCAUGUAAAAUCCACUCCAACCAUUAGAUAUGUUAUCCCACGUUAGGCUCAAGGCUAAAAAAAAAAAAUCAAGUUGACUUAUGUGGAUCACACCAAAGAAAAUGGUUGGGAGAGAAAUGUCCACCUUUAAUUUUUAUAUGGUCUACUGUGAUUAUUUUAUAAAAUCUCCUCCAACUAAAAUGUCAUAAAAAAAUUUUAUGUGCGGCACAAAAAUCAGACCCAUCCAUAAUUUAAGCAGGUCACAUCAAGGGAAACAAUUUAAAGGGUGAGCAUUGUCCUGUGCGUUGUUUCCAACUGUUUGGUCGAUGUAUGAAUUAUGGAUUGAGCUCAGUUUUGGGACUUGAGCCUAGCAUGGGGUGAAGCAUCGGGUGGUCAUAGUGGACUUGAGCCUAAAGAUACUAUGAUUUUCUAGUCUGGGAAAUUUUUGGAGCAUGGUUCGUUCACGUUCAGGUGCAGGAGGUCCAUGUUAUUGAAAAUCAAAUCAUGCUUCUAUGAUAUAAUUACAUUGAAACUGAUGUUAGAUUAAAAGGAUAAUGAGGAGACAAGAACCUAGAUCUUUUCUUUUCCAAACAUAAAUGUUAAAACUGUUCUUGAGCUUCUUCUUCAUAACAGUUUUCUUGUUACAGGUGUUCAGUUAUAAAAUAAGCAAAUGAUGUCCACGAACAAGGUGCUGGUACUCUGUAGAUUUGGGGGUGACUUCAUUUGGGAAUCUAACCAGGUUUAUUACAAGGGAGGCAAAAACCGCAUUGUUUAUGUUGAUCGAGCGGUCAAUUACCUCAAGAUUUUAUCUGAAGUGUGUGGGAUUUGUAAGUCGAACGACAUUAGCAGCAUCGAAUACAAAUAUCCUUGUUUAGAUUUGGAUUCACUUGUGCCGAUUGAAAAUGACAACGAUGUAUCAAAUAUGAUAGAAGCAUUUCCUCAAAGCAGCGAGCCUAUUCAGCUCUUUGUUUUUUGUGCCCAAAACCUUUCAAUCCCCAAUACGAUUCACAGUAAUCUAUUGCAGAAUGAUGAUAAUGGAGAUAAUCAAGCAUUGUGGAAGGAAUUACAUGAAAGCAAUGAAACACUGGCACCUUUAUCACAUAAUACUAAUUCUAAUAACAAUGAUGUUCCAAAGGCAUCAAAUGAGUUGCAUGAAAUGGAUGGCUUGUUGAUGAAAAAUCAAGAACCGCCUUGUGGGAUGGUUGUAAAUGAGAUGCCGAAAAUGAUAUUGGCUUUAAAAGGUGGCCAAGAAUUUGUAGAUGCAAAUGCUUUCCACAAGGCUUUGAGGGAGUACAGCAUACGUUCAUAUUUCGAAUACAAGCGAACCAGGUCAGGCAAUGGCCAUUUUCAGGCGAAAUGCAGUAACGAUGGUUGUUCAUGGCGCAUAAAUGCAUGUAAGCUUCCUGACAAGCCUACAUACAAGAUAAAAUCUUUGAAGGGUAACCAUACUUGUAAAGCUGCAAAUGAAUCAACAAUGUCAAUCACAACAACGCAUCGACAAGCCAAUAGGAAAUGGAUUGUUGGUUUAGUCAAGGACCGACUUCUAAAAAAAUUGCGAUGUACACCCAAAAAUAUUGUCGAUGAGAUUAGUCGAGAAUAUGGGAUAAAAGUAAGCUAUGACAAAGUUUGGAGGGGUAAAGAGCUUGCGCUAAAAGAGAUACACUCUGAACAAUCCGUCCCAGAAUAAUCUGUCCCAGCUCUCAAGAUGCUUUGUAAAGAAAUCGAGAACAAAUCCAGGAAGCACAGCAAAGCUUAGCAGUUCAUCAGACAACUCCUUAAGGCUUUUUAUUGCAUAUAAAGCUACCAUUUGCAGUUUCUGACAAGCAUGCCGAUCACUUGUGAUGCUUGAUCAUGUAAAGAUAGAAGGAAAAUGCAUAGGUUCAUGGCUCUUUGCCAUGGCGUUUGAUGCAAAAAAUGAUGGGUUCCCGGUCUCAUUUGCAUUCGUUGAAUCAAACAACAUAGUGAGUUGGAAAUGGUUCUGUGGUGAGUUGGCUCAAGUCCUAGGAUGGAUACCUAAAUUAACACUUAUAUUAAGUAGACAGGAAGGGAUUCUUGAGGUACUUACCAGUAUUUUUCCACACGCAUCUCUUCGAUACUCUCAUGGGAAGUUGCUUAGAGAAAUUUGGCAUAAGUACAAAUGCUCGGAUUUUAGGGUGCUUUUUCAGAGUGCAACUUAUACAAAGGUUCAUUCUGAAUUCGAUGCUUUCAUGUGUCAAAUUCAUGAUGAGUUCAAAGAAGAAUGGGAUUUUGUGAAGGAUAUUAAUCCCAAGUACUGGGCCACAUCUCACUUUGAAGAGAAGCAUUAUUAUGUUUGUGAUACUUAUGAAUUAGACCUCAUGGUCAGUUGGAUGGGUAAGUUGGAGGGAUGGAGAAACCUGCCUAUCACUUCUGUGUUGGUACACUUCCACCAUUAUAUGAUAGAUACAUUCAAAGAAAGGUUUAAAAAUAGUUUGAACUGGGAGACAAUCUUGGUUCCUGGAAUGGAAAAUGUUAUUCCCACAGUAGAGACAUGUUCAGUGCAUUUUUCCGUGUCACAUAAUGCAGCAGUGUUGGAGGUUUGUUAUGCGAACGGUCCAGAUGUAGUGAAGGUGGAUCUUGAACAGUGAACAUGCUCAUGUAAUGACUGGCAAGUCCAUGGGCACCCUUGCGAACAUGCUGUUGUUGCUAUCUGAUACAGUGGAUGUAAUGUGUAUGACUACUUUGAUGUGCACUUCACAGUAGCUAAAUACCGUGACACAUAUUCAGAGAUUAUUCAUCCCCUGCUUUUGCAUAACACAAGUCUAAGCCCAUGGAAGAAGAGAAAAUAUGAAGAUUUUGAUUUCAAUUUGUCAAACGAAGAGAUGGAUGAUGAUUUCAUUGAGUAUUUUACACAUCCUUUUAAAUACCUUUAAUGAUCAUCUCUCACUAUGUAUUUUAUGUAGACACUUCUAUAUCCGUUGUACUUUCUAUCUAUUUUUAUUGCUUC